CUCGCCUCCUCGGCUCCUCCGCCUCGCCUCCGCCGCUUCCCCUUCCUCCUCGCCGGCGUCGAAGGUGGCUCCGAGGAGGCUCCAAGGGCGGCCGGGGCCCGGGACAGGUGAGGGGAAGGCCCGCCCCGGCAGAGGGGCUGAAGGGCCCACCUGUGCCCCGCUCUGCGCAUGCGCCCUGGCCCUGAGCGGGGCUGAAGAGUCAACCUGUGUCCCGCUCUGCGCAUGCGUCCUGGCCCUGAGCGAGGCUGAGGAGUCAACCUGUGCCCCGCUCUGCGCAUGCGCCCUGGCCCUCAGAGGUGAGCAGGACUCCUCUUUCCACGCAGACGACACACUUCAGGCUCCUGAAGGCGCCUCCGACCCUCAGAAGCAUCCACACUGAAAGAUGUGCUGCAAUGACUCCUUUGUGUUUGACUGCACUUAAAACUGGAAAGAACCCCAUAUUAUGGCAGUUCUCCGUUAUUGUGUCACCGCUGGUGGCUGAGCUGACGUUUCCUGCAUCCUAAGGAGAUUAUGUAUAAAAGGAAUGGCCUCAUGGCCAACGUGACAGUGACCUCCGCCACUCCAGAGGGUAGCAGCAGUUCUGACUCUCUGGAAGGACGGAGUUCGGAUUAUGCCCAUAAAAGCUAUGAUGCAGUUGUAUUUGAUGUAUUGAAAGUGACUCCAGAGGAGUUCGCCAGUCAGAUUACAUUGAUGGAUACGCCAGUAUUUAAAGCUAUACAACCAGAGGAACUCGCAAGUUGCGGAUGGAAUAAGAAAGAGAAACACAUCCUUGCCCCCAAUGUUGUUGCCUUUACAAGGAGGUUUAAUCAGGUCAGUUUCUGGGUUGUACGAGAAAUUUUAACAGCACAGACCUUAAAAAUAAGAGCAGAAAUAUUGAGCCAUUUUGUGAAAAUAGCAAAGAAACUUCUAGAACUGAACAACCUCCAUUCCCUCAUGUCUGUGGUAUCAGCUCUGCAAAGUGCACCUAUUUUCAGACUGACAAAGACCUGGGCACUCUUGAACCGCAAAGACAAGACCACUUUUGAAAAGCUGGACUACCUGAUGUCGAAGGAAGAUAAUUAUAAGAGGAUGCGGGACUAUAUCCGAUGCUUAAAGAUGGUGCCCUGUAUUCCUUAUUUAGGAAUUUACCUAUUGGAUUUAAUCUACAUUGAUUCAGCAUAUCCUGCCUCGGGAAGCAUCAUGGAGAAUGAACAAAGAUCCAACCAAAUGAACAACAUCCUCCGAAUAAUCGCCGACUUGCAAGUCUCCUGUAGCUACGAUCACCUUAUAACAUUACCCCAUGUGCAAAAAUACUUAAAGUCUGUCCGGUACAUUGAAGAACUUCAAAAGUUUGUGGAAGAUGACAACUACAAAUUAUCCCUGAGGAUUGAACCAGGAAACAGCUCUCCGCGACUGGUAUCAUCAAAAGAAGAUCUGGCAGGUCCCUCCGAGGUGUCGGCCGCUGUGAGGUUCAACAGGAGGCCAACCUGUCCUGACGCCUCGGUGGCAGCCAGCCUGCCCACUCCUCCUGUCCCACGACACAGGAAAAGUCACAGCCUGGGAAACAAUAUGAUGUGUCAGUUCAGUGUAGUUGAAAGUAAAAGCGCAACGUUCCCGACAGAGAAACCCCGCCACCUGCUGGAUGACAGUGUGCUCGAGUCCCACAGCCCUGUCCGAAACCACACACUAAACUCUGUUUUCACCAAUGGUGUUUCCAUAGGAAGCAGUGAAAGCUCAGAAUUCAGUGAGGAGCCUUCCUCGGGGAUUGAAAGGGGUCGGCUGUAUGCCACGCUGGGGCCCAACUGGCGGGUACCAAUUCGGAAUUCUCCCAGAAGUCGGAGCUGUGUUUACAGCCCCACAGGCGCCUGCAGCUGCACUUCAGCCACUUCCAUGGGCGUCGUUACAAUGGAGGGGCCUUUGAGAAGGAAGACAUUGUUGAAGGAAGGCAGGAAGCCUACGCUUUCCUCCUGGACUAGAUACUGGGUCACCCUUUCAGGAUCUACACUGAUUUACUUUGGAGCGAAGUCCUUAAGAGGCACCGAAAGAAAGCAUUAUAAAUCAACUCCGGGGAAAAAGGUUUCCGUUGUGGGCUGGAUGGUGGCACUACCGGACGAUCCCGAACACCCUGAUAUUUUCCAGCUGAACAACCCAGAUAAAGGCAAUGUUUACAAGUUUCAGACUGGUUCGAGGUUUCAUGCAAUACUGUGGCACAAACAUUUGGACGACGCGUGCAAAAGCAACAGGCCUCAGGUACCUGCAAACCUUAUGUCAUUUGAAUAACAAGCUCUGGUCCCUGGUGUAAAUUUCAAGUGCCAAACUGCAGAAUGGGAGAAUGGGGUUCCCAAAGGAGGAUGGAGGAAGGAAAUUCCUUGACUGAGUGAGCCAGCUGUCUGCAACAGCCAAUUCAGCACUUUUCUAUAUGACUUGAACGUAACGAUGACACCACUUUCUAAAAGCGGGAGGUGAAUGUUGUCCUUAGGAAAGGAUCUGUCCCAAGCGCUGAAGGGAACGAUGCUUUUAGACUGAUGGAAGACGCAGGAUCCCUGAAUCCUUGAGUUUAGCUUUGUGGUCACAGACUGCUGUGGAUGUCUCUCCUUCCCACAAAACUGUGCAUCACAUCUUCUGCGAUUUUUUUUUUUAACUGCUCUUUUUAUCGUCAAGCUGCGUUAUGUGAACCGAAGGAACAUUUAGCCCAUGUUGGGUUGUUUUAUUUUAUUUUUUUCAAUUAUUUCUAAUGCACAACAACAACAACAAACAAUUGACAGUGUUAACUUUGCUGCAAAAGUGUCAAUUAGAAUAGGACAUUGUGGAACAACGUUUUUAUAACCUUAAGUGCACUGAGUCGCUUGGCAAUGUGGCUGCCUCAGAUUUUUGUAUCAAAACCCUAGGGACAAAAAAAACGGAUGUUCGUACACCUGAGCUAUUUGGGAAAUGUGUAUUUUGGCACAAGGUAAACAAAAAUAACCGCCUGUGAUUUAGUGUUUCGUUUCUUGUAAUUUGGCUGUGCUGCUCGAGUGGAAUGAACUCAUUCAUGGUGCCCAGGCAGAGGAAGGGUUUGCCACUGCCGAAAAUGGGUUCCUUCACACACACGCUCAAAAAAAGAGAAAUAUUUGCCUUAAAUUGUUUUGGUUUGCUCUUUUUUUAGUUGCAGGUGGAUGCUAUUCAUCAGAAAUGUCCAGCUGCGCUCCUCCUGAGAAUUGCAUUGGUUCUUCCUGACUUUCGGAACAAAAGAAGGGCCAAAAGAGCUUUCCAUUGGCUUCUAUUGUUCUCCUAGGAAGUGGCCACUGCUUGAAAAGAAAUACAGAUUUCAUUAAUUGAGACGUUUUUGCCCAGUAUCUGAACAAUGGCUCAUAGUUGCCUGUUAGGAAUACAGAUGGGUGAAAAAUGUAUAACACACCUGAGAAAUCAGCUGGAAUUUUUGAUGAAAGCGACCCCGCAUUUGACAAAGACAUCAUUGCCUACUGAUCUCUCACUGGAUCGUAAUGUUAUUAUUUUGUAAUAUUUUUCUUCUUCUUUUAACGCUAAAAUCUCUCAACGGUUGUUGAAUAUAAUAUGUGAAUUGUCGUGUUAGACGCCUGUGUCAUAGUCCUAAAUUGUCAACGUGAAACAAGAUCCGGGGGAGAAGCCAACUCUUGGGGUCUUUUGUCUAGAAAGGAGAGCGAGGCUGACGUAUAAGCUAAAAGAUUCUUUUUUCCCCUGCCCAGGUUGGUUAAGAUUGGUGCAACUCAAAACCUGACUUCAUGGAAAGAGGUUGUCUCCAUGUCCAAGAACAAAACUCCGCUUGGAGCUUAUGAACUGAUUUUUUCUAACGGAUUAAUGUAUUAGGAUGCGGUUCUUAAUGGCCCUCUUGCACAAAGGGAUUGUGUUCAGUUUCACAUGUGGAUUGUUCUUGAGGGAAGAGGGGUCUUUUCUUCGUAGCAUCUCCCUCUUCUUUCUCCCCCUCCCUUUUGUGGUGAUAGACCACCCAUAUAUCUGAUAUAGAAAAAAAAACACAUCUUGCCACGUACGUUGUAGUUAUUACAGGUCCGGCAACAUAUCCUUUAGGAUCAAACAUUGCAAGUUGAAUCACAUAUAGCUGUGUCCUCUGGUUUGGAAAUUCCCCAGAAUGAAGCGAGAGCCACAUUAUAACCCCGUUGGUACCUAUGACAGUUGUAUUCAAUCUAAUCAUCAUCCCUGUUGGCAUCAUCAUGUUCCAAGUUCCACAAUUCCCAAAACGCAGGAAGAGAAAGAGGACAAGGCCAUUUCGCAACUGCCAAAGAUCUGCUUAAUUAUUAAACAUCGCCAAUUACGAUUAAGUCGAAGCAUUUCAUAGCUACGUUACCCAAGCGUGGAACUGAAAUCUGCACACUAAUUUGAGACCUCAGUUAUUUAGAGGUAAAAGUAUCUAUUGACUGUUAAUACAGAAUCCUAACUCCUCCCUCCCCAAUGUAUGUUGAACUAUAAUGAGAUUCAAUAUAUACAGUUAACCAAGUACUCGCAUUUAAUGUCACCGUACAAAUUGUAUAAAGAAGGUGCUAUGUUUAGUUUCUGAUGAUAACUGAAAUGAAAUAACCAGCUACUGAUGUCUAAAGAGGUGAUUUAAUCAUUAUUAGAUGUUUCUGGAAAUGGAAACAAGUGAGUUGUCUCCAUGGAAGCGUCAAGGAUGUUUGAUAGUAAAACGCUUUCAGAACAAGGGAUGGAGAUGUUUCCUUCACGGGGGAAACGAGGAUAUUUUGGCCUUCGAAAAUGGAUCCGGAUUCCCAUCCGACUCCAUCGUUUCAUAUCAAUCUCCUCGAUGAAAAAUUCUAGGGCGGAGGGAGGGGAAUCAGCCGGGGCCUUGAUAUGACGCCGCGUGAAUGAAAAAGAACAGAGAAUACUUCCUGGUACAAUGAAUGACACUUGCAUGCAUCUGCGGAGGGAAGGAAAACGUCUCUUGCAAUGUCUCUUCCUACUUGAAAGUCCCUCCGCAAAUCUGCAUUGGGAAUGUUUUGGAUGUGUGUGUGUGUGUGUGUGUGUGGUUUUUGAAAGGUACAAAUGGCUGACUGUGAUUUUUUUUACUUGUAUAGGUAGUAUUGUAACAAGUGGAAACGGAAAUAAUUGUACAAUAAUGACUCGUGUGAUGACGUAGUGCAGUAUUCAGCAAUACGAGCAGCACGGUGUGUUUAAGAAGAUGGAAAUAAAGGAUCGAACAGUAUAUGGAACGUGUUAUUAAGCCUAAAAGCUGCACUUAGAUGGUACUCGUCCUAUAAAAGCAUGAAGGUCUACUUAGUUACUGAUUUUUAGAGCAGAUUUUACUGUGAAUGAAACAAGAAAUUGAUGCAUAUUGGUACUAUUUUAAAGCAUAUCCCCGACAGAAGAUAUUGCGUAUGAUCCAAAGCCCUCUACGUCUCCAAUACAGAUAAAUUACAGCAAUCGUAAGCAGCCCGAUUUAGUUCAAAGGCGGCAACAGAUCCAUUUCUGUAUUUUAUCUGUUUCCUCCUCUGUAAUGAAUCGGGACACAAUUACAAGGAGAAGAUAAAUAUCUUUUCCAAAGUGCAAUGAAAGAGAAAGCUGGAUCAAAAGACUUAUCUGUUUUGAGAGUCAUUUUUCAAAGUGUCUCCAUUGAAUUAUAUUUAGGAUCAGAUUUGUGUAGCUACAUCAAGGCAAUAUUAUUUAUUAUUAAUUUAUUAGUGCGUCUAUGUAUGUGUAAUUUUACAGUAAACUUAGUGCCAAAAUGCAUGUUUUUUAAAAAAACCAAUUAGCACUCGGUUGCGUUAUACGGAAGAGUAUUCAAUGAUCGACCCAUUUGUCACGUUGUGAUGUAAACCAGUUUCGAUAUUUCAAUUCGUUCCCUGUGAAAACCGUUGCACUAUUUUAUUUUCUAUUUGUUUUCCUGUUCGUUUUUAGCCGUAUCCCAGCAGCCCCCACUGCAUGCCAUUUGUGUAAAUCCUCUUUCUUAAGAAAAAAAAAAUUCUUGUGAAAUUGUCAUGAAUAAUAACCACUGAAAUUUUAAAAUCCUUGUGUGGGAAGUCUUUUAGGUUUUUUGGCAAAGUAUUUUGUUACCUCAGUCUUCUAUCAGGUUUGCUGUAUUUUUCAGCUUGUUACAUUGAUAAAUAAUUGUUUCACUAAUUAAAGAAAAACUUUAAUGUAAAAGAAA